AUGCAACCAGACUCGUACCAGUAAUUAAUGGUUUCAACAGAUAAUUUUUCUGUAAUUAGUAUUUUUAAUUGUUUGUGGAAGAAGGUGACACGACUUUUAUGGCUUGUACCCGACGUGGUUUUGUGUACCCUGCCUCUUGGGGUCCUGAAGCUCAGCGCUGCUCCAUCUAGUAGCCAAUUGAACACUGUCCAGUUUAGUCCACCGCUGCCUGACUGGAAGACUUCUGCUAUACAACGAUUAGGCUUCGGAAAUUUGAACAAGGUAGUGCUCUGCUUCGAACGCAUUUUCUGGAAUCCCCAAGCGAAUCUUUUCGGACAUGUGGGCAGUACUACUGCAAGUCGCGGUGAACUGUUCUUGUUCUGGAACCUGUACAAGGCUCCAGUGUUGCUGGCAUUGGUUGCUGGAGAAGCAGCAGCUAUAAUGGAAAACGUUACUGAUGAUGUCAUUGUAGGGAGAUGUAUCGCAGUACUACGUGGCAUCUUCGGUCAAUCGGGAGUUCCCCAGCCCAAAGAGACAGUGGUGACGAGAUGGCGCGCUGAUCCUUGGUCGCGUGGUUCCUACAGUUUCGUUGCGGUUGGCAGUUCUGGUAGCGAUUAUGAUUUGUUAGCUUCACCAGUCAUCCCGCCGAAUGCUCAGGGUGUUUCUGUUACCAAUGGACCCGCCAGGGUAUUUUUUGCCGGAGAGCACACAAUUCGCAACUACCCCGCCACAGUACACGGUGCCUUCCUUAGCGGACUACGAGAAGCUAGUCGCAUCGCGGACCAGAUAAUCGGAAAUCCCUGUAUGCCUCAACCAGCCGAGUAGAAUUAAAAUCACGUUUUUGCAGAUUACAUACUACCAACAAAUACAUCUUUUACUCCUAAUGCUUAUUAUACAGACAAAUAAAGUUCAUUUUUACAAUUAAGUUCGUCAAGAACUAUCUUUUGAAUUCACGUUAGGUUACAGUAUUUGACUCGUUUAUGUAC